AUGGCGGUAUCCGUGUUGCUGUUGCGACGCUUGCGCAGUUAUGCAUUCUGUUCCCUCCCGCUGCUGGCGACGGUUCUGCCCAUAUUAUUCCUGCUCGCCCGCGCCAUCUAUCGCAUUCCCUUCCAUCUACUGGGGCAGAUUCCCGGUCCGAAAUUACGCGUCAUCUCUCAUCUGCCUCAUGCGAUUUCCGGAACACGCGGUCAGCAGCCUCAUGAUGUUCGCAACCUGCAUCGUGAAUAUGCGCCGGAUCAACUUUCCUUCAUCACGCCCAGCUCAUGGGACGAUAUUCACGGACAUGCUGCGGCGAAUAAAUUUCACAAAUACGGGUGUUUCAAAGUCCGACCGGACGCGCAACCAAUGCUGACCAGCUCUGGCGACGAACAUGCUCGAGCAGCCUUCGCGCAUGGUUUCUCCCAACGAGCCAUCAAUGACCAGGAGCCUAUUCUCAUGGUGAAUAUCGAUCGGCUCCUCAAGAAGCAAGGGGAGAACAUCAAGCGAGAUUACAAGUUUGACAUCUGCGAGUGGAUGCGCUUUCUCUCUUUCGAUGUUAGCGGGGACUUCUUGCUAAAUACUCAGUUCGAGUGCCUCGAAACUUAGAACUAUCACCCUUGGGU